CCGGUUCAUAUGUCACUGUAUCCCCAAGCGGCUGAUUAUACAAACAAAUUAUGGCGGAGAAAGGAGAAAACGUAUCCGCUCAACGAGCACUCACAGCGGCAGAGAAACAAGUCCUCCGCCGCCGACAGGAGCUCGGCAACUGGAAGACAAAUGCAUCGCGGCUCCGCACCCGAAACCUGCUGACCGGACUGGCUAUCGGAGCGUUUGUGGUCGGAGUGUUUAGCUACACCAUCAUGUCCGUCAAACAGGAGAAAAUCAUUGAGGAGCUGGAUGAUGAAGCCAAGAUCCACAUCUACAGAGGGCCACGGACCGGUGCCAACUCCUGAGCACUGGCUCUCCUCGACUUACUGCUCUCUGGCUCCUCCUCCUCUUCAGUACGGAUGUAUGGCAAUAUCACAAUGAAUGGCAUGUGACGAGUCAUGUCAGCUGAGCCUCUCAUACUUAAGACACUUAAAUACCACUUGCCGCUGUAAUUAAUAUAAGGAUGUUGAUUGUUUAUUUUCUGUUUGGAAAUAUAUAAAUUCUACAAUUAAAACUG